GGGCUGCCUGUGCUCCCACCUGCCACCCUCCUGGCCUGCCCAGGCUGGGCCCCCCACCUCCCCAUGCAGCACCCCAAACCCUUUUACACUCCAGCUCCCCAAGAAAGUUUCAGCUCCCAGGCCCUGGAUGGCACCGAGGGGCCAGGCAGUCAGCCCACUUCUGCCUGCACAGAGCCUCUUCCCACUGUGGGUUCCUCCAACCUGCAUCACCCUCCAAACCUGGAGAAAGAGGUGUUUCCAGCCCCUCCAGCAGGUUUCCAGAUGGCGCCCUGCGGCUGCUUCUUUGACCCCCGCAUAUACCGAAUCGAGUGGGCCGCCACUGACUUCGGCCAGUCGUCCCUGUACAAGCUGGCAGCAGCGGGUGGCGGGGUGCCAGCUGGGGGCCCUGCCUCGCCGAGCACCUACCUCCUAGAGCCCCAGCACUAUCUCAAAGCCCCGGUGCCGCCUCCGCCAUACCCCCAAUUCCAGCCAGUGCCUGGGGGCCCCCAGUAUGUCAUGUCCUACUUCCCCCCUGAGGGACCCGGGCCUGAGGCCCUGGGCUUCAUGGGAGAUGGGGGGGCCCCUGCCUUCAUGGAGCUGCCCCCACCCCUGCUCAAGGAAGGCCUGGUGCCCCUGCCACCACCGCUGCCCUCCAAGGAGAACAAGCUGCCCCCUGUGGUCAUCACACUACCUGCUGAGGCCACACUGCCCCCUGGGGCCUACGGCCCCCUCAAGGGCCGCCUGAGCCAGUUCCACACAGCUGGGGAGCCCCUAGCCUUUCCUGCCAAGGAACUGCAGGGCACUGGCACCGGGCCGGUUCUGCUGUACCCCCCGGGCCCUGGGGAACCCAAGGCGGCCCAGGCAGAGGCAGCCCCGUUGGAAGCGGCUGAGACCAGGUCCCCUGAGGCAGCCAGGGCCUUUGUGCUGCCUGAGAAGGUGCUGUUGGAAGAUGCCAUGAAGCUGUUCGACUGCCUGCCGGGCGGUGCUGAGCCUGAGGCGUCCCUGCGCAAGGCCCCUGGGCCAGUCCUGCCGGACAGUGGAGGUGGUGGGGACGACUCCUCCAGGGACAUCCGCUCACUGCACCUGCCGGACGAGUUGCUGUCCUUCGACUACAGUGUGCCUGAGAUCCUGGACACUGUGUCCAAUGUGGACUGCUUUUUCAACUUCAAGGCGCUCGACGAGGAGCCGCCACCCUGCCCGGGGACCCCUGCCACCACCACUGUGGCCCCUGCACUUCGGGCCGAGCCCCCCAGCAAGAGAAAGUCCGGUGCCUCAGCCACCAAAAAGGGGAGACAAGGAGGCAAGAGUAAGCAGGUCAUGGGCCUGGCCAGCGCCCCGUCCCCUGGACCCAGGCAGGACCUGGGAGCCACCCCCCAUUAA